AUGUCCUCUGAAUCUUCAGAGUCCCCUGAAUCCUCCACUUCCUCCAAGUCCCCCAAAUCCUCCUUCCAAGUCCUCCAAAUCCUUCAAGUCCUCUGGAUUCUCCAAGUCCUCCGAAUCCUCCAAGCCCUCCAAAUCCACACUCAAAGUCCUCCGAAUCCUCCAAGUCCCCUGAAUCCUCUAAGUCAUCCGAAUCCUCCAAGUCCUCCGAAUCCUCCAAGUCCUCCAAAUCCUAGUCCCCUGAAUCCUCAACGUCCUCCGAAUCCUCCAAGUCCUCCAAAUCUUCAGAGUCCCCUGGAUCCUCCAAGUCCCCCGAAUCCUCCUUCCAAGUCCUCGAAAUUCUUCAAGUCCUCUGGAUCCUCCAAGUCCUGCAAAUCCUUCAAGUCCCCCGAAUCCUCCAAGUCCUCUGAAUCCUUCAAGUCCUCUGAAUCUUCAGAGUCCCCUGAAUCCUCUAAGUCCUCUGAUUCCUUCAAGUCCCAUGAAUCCUCUAAGUCCCGCGGAUCCUCCCUCAAAAGUCCCCUGAAUCCACUAAGUCCUCCAAAUCCUCCAAGUCCCCCGAAUCGUCACUCCAAGUCCUCUGGAUCCUUCAAGUCCCCCGAAUCCUCCAAGUCCUCCGAAUCCUCCAAGUCUCUUGAAUCCUACAAGUCAUCUGAAUCCUCCAAGUCCCCAAAAAUCCUCCAAGUCCCCCGAAUCCUCCACCAAGUCCUCCGAAUCCUCUAA